AUGGCGGAAACCAAUGUAGAUUUGGGCCAAAAGGUUACUUCCUUGGAGGAUCAGUGCGGCUUCUUUUGCUUUUCGCCAAUCAACUUCCUGCUUCGGUUCCUGAGUUCAUGGGAGGAAAAGAUGAUCCACACCAAACAUCCCCCCACUAGUUGUCGGGCAUUUGGUUACUCCUCGGAAAUCCAUGUGAUCCAUGUGCCUGGCCUCCACCCCUUCGCAGUACCCUGCGAUUCGCAGAUGGCUGGUCCCGGCUGGACAGUUGUUAUGCGGAAAAUCGACUGCUGUACGGAUAGCUUUAGCAAGAAUUGGACUGAAUAUAAGCAGGGUUUUGGUGAGAUCAACGGAACCUUCUUCAUUGGCCUGGAGAAACUACAUGUGAUGACCAAAGCGAGUCCCCAGGAAUUGUAUCUUUAUGCAAAUGAAAGCGGUAAAGAAUUCUUUGGAAAAUAG